ACUAGCGACGUCAUUAGUGUCAUUGCGACAUCACACGUAAAAGGGAAAUCCGUAAACCAUAAUAAUUUGUGCGAAACAGUUGUUUAAACUCCAUAAAGUAAUAAAAUACGGUAAUAAAAACCUAAAAAAAUGGCUUCAAUACCACUAAUGUAUGCUCAGGAAGAUUGUGAGUUAGGUGGAAAGGAAUCCAUCGAGGAUGAUUUCGCCUACCGCAACAAUGUGGCUAACGCAGAUAAAGAAAUCCGUCUGGGUUUUGUCCGCAAAGUGUAUGGUCUACUCUCCGUGCAACUGUUGGCUACGGUUGCCAUUGCUGGAACAUUCCAUCUUGUUGAGCCUGUCAAACUCUUCAUACACCAAAAUGACUGGAUGGUGAUAAUAGCGUUUAUACUGAGCAUGGUCACGCUAUUCGCACUCAUCGCCAAAAGAAGGGACUCGCCCGCUAACCUCUACCUGCUAGCAGCUUUUACGGUGGUACAAGCGUACUCAGUGGGCGUGGUGGUGUCGUACUACAACACGGCCGUGGUCCUGCAAGCCCUGACUCUCACCUUCGCAGUGGUCUUCUCUCUCACGGUCUUCACACUCAACACUAAGACUGACUUCUCUUUCAUCGGUUAUGGUUUAUUCGCGGGUCUCUCGGUGCUCAUCAUAGGCGGUAUCCUGCAACUGUUCAUCCAGAGCUCAGGGUUCGAAAUCGCCCUGUCCUUCGUCGGCGCCAUCUUGUUCAGCCUCUUCCUCAUCUUCGACACGCAGAUGAUGAUGACCACCUUGUCCCCUGAGGAGUACAUCCUCGCCACCAUCAACCUGUACCUCGACAUCAUCAAUCUCUUCCUCUACAUACUCCGAAUCCUUAACGAGUUGAACAGGAAUUAAAUUCCAAUACCUCCGUAGCAUUUUCUUUUAUAUAUUUAGAGCAUUUUAUUGCACGUUGUAUUCUUGAUGUCUUGUGAACGGCUGUGAAUAUAAAAUUUAUAUAUUUUUUAUUUGUUUUCUAUUAAUUUGCAGUAUUUUAAUUUAGUUUUCUGGCUUUACUUAUCUACCAGGGUGGUCGGAAUUUAUAAUUCACUGGCUUAGAAAUAAAAUAAUAGUCUCUGGACUUGUUACAUGUAAAAUUAUGACGACGGUAAUAAGUCAACAAAGACAUCGGAACGAUGCAAUAAUAAUCUUAAAACUUACAGUAUUAAAUACUGACGAAAUAUAUACUUUUUACCAUAAAUAUUUAUUUGGUUGGUUAAACUCGUGUGCUACGUUAAAAAAAUGUUAAUUAUUGUCUAUGUCUUGUGAUAGUAAAUGUAGGUGUGUGGACACGGCACUAAUUUUGACUUUAUCGACAUCUAACAUCGUGGAGCACAACUGUUGAAACAUAAAUUAUAUUAUUAUUAAAAUUGAUUUUAAUUAUGUA